CUCCCCUUCUCCCCCCCCCCCCCCCCCAGUGGGUCCCAGAUGGAGACGGAGCCGCUGAUACAGGGCGCUGGAGGAUCGUGGGGCGUUUACGGGGCGGACGAGGAGAGCCGCCGCUCCGACUCAUCGGGACCUCGCAGCAGCGGCAGCCGCCAGAGCAGCGGCAGCAUUGGCGGACAGCUGGAUGACCUGUGCAUUCAACAAGCUGCUGUAUUUAUUGAAGAUGCGAUACAGUAUCGCACCAUAAAUCAUCGCGUGGAUUCCCAAUCCCUAAAGCUUUAUCGAUGGUACUAUUCAAAGGCGUGUCAGCGGUUUCUGAGCACCAUUAUCUUUGUGAUUUUGAUCUUGGCCUUUUUUGAGAAGCCUUCGUCUUUGAGUCUUACCUCUGAUCUCCGAUACCGCCAUGUAAUUUGGGAGCCUUCCUGUGGACUAAUGGAAGGGAUUGAAGCUUUGUGCCUUCUCUUAUUUAUGGUCGAUGUAAUAAUAAAGAGUUAUCUAAUUGGAUGGGAAGAAUUUCGGAAGACAAAAUGGCUGAUUGCCUACACUCUUGUGCUGGCUGUCUCCACGAUUGAUUGGAUGGUGUCCAUGGGCCUGUUUUGUGAGGAGAGGGUCAGGGUGAGAAGAAUUCUGCGACCUUUCUUCCUCCUCCAGAACUCGUCUCUAAUGAAGAAAACAUUGAAAUGCCUCAGACAGACAUUGCCUCAAAUUGCCAGUGUGAUGCUGCUUCUGGCCUUGCACGUGCUGCUGUUCACUAUGAUCGCCAUGCUACUGUUCGCCCGAGCCCAGAAUUCGAAGGAGAAUAAAGAAUGGAAGGCCUAUUUUCAGAAUUUGCCGUCGUCUUUGACCUCGUUAUUGGUUCUACUGACAACAGCCAACAAUCCUGAUGUGAUGAUUCCAGCCUAUUCAAAAAACCGAGGCUAUGCACUUUUCUUCAUUACCUUCAGUAUUAUUGGAACCUACUUGUUAAUGAAUUUACUGACGGCUAUUAUUUAUAACCAAUUUCGCGGAUAUUUACUCAGUUCCGUUCAGACGUCUAUUGUCCGCCGGUGCUUGGGUAUUCGUGGUGCCUUUGAGGUGCUUUGUUGUGGUCACGCGACCAAAGCUGGAAGAAGGGGUUCUUUGAGAAUGAUGGUGAACACCAGCACCGUGGUCCAUGUCCUGCAGAAAGUCACCAUGUCUCCAUUGCAUAAGCAAGAAAUGAUUAAGCAAGCCAAGGCAUUCACACAUGACUGUGUAACAGCUGAACAGUUUCGAAUCCUCUUUGAUGAAUUACAGAAGGAAACCAUGAGAGAGCACCCGCACAAGCCGGUAUAUCGAUCAUCCUUCUUGCAAAAAGUCCAGACGCUGCUGUGCCACCGCAACGCUGAUUAUGUGGGGAACCUGAUGGUGACGGUGCAUCUGAUUUGUAUUUUUGCUGCACUGGUCCUUGACGCAGACAAGCCCAUGUCUGAGCGUGAUGGCUUCUUUUCUGGAGUUGUGAACGGUUCCUUUGUCCUGUACUAUCUUUUGGAAAUGGCACUGAAAUUCUUUGCUCUCGGCAUUAAGGGUUAUUGUUCUUACAAAAGCAAUCUAUUCGAUGGGUUGUUAACUCUCAUUUUACUGAUUCUACAGCUGUCGUCUCUUGUAGCAUACGGCUUCCCUCAUCCAGGAUGGAAACCAGAUUUGCACGGAUUACUCAGCCUUUGGGAAACGGUUCGACUGGCGAACAUGCUCAUUGUUUUCCGCUUCCUUCGUAUAAUCCCCAACAUCAAGUUGAUGGCGUUAGUUGCUGGCAGCCUUCUCGAUCUGAUUAAGAAUUUGCGAGCUUUUGCUGGAAUUCUUGUGGUCGCCUAUUACGUCUUUGCAAUUGUUGGUGUCGUGCUUUUCAAAGAUAAAAUACCAGCUCCCAAUAACUCUACGAAUUCAAGUCUGAAUACAGAUGUUGCUUCACCAGAGAACGCAACACUCAGGUGCGGUACUUAUGAACAGCUGGAAUAUUGGCCCAACAAUUUCAAUGACUUUGCUGCUGCUUUGGUUACCUUGUGGGACCUAAUGGUGGUGAACAAUUGGCAGGUUUUCAUGGAUGUGUUUUCAAGAUAUGCAAGCCCGUGGUCCAAGCUUUAUUUUGUUGCUUGGUGGCUGGUCUCGGCUGUAAUCUGGGUUAACCUCUUUAUGGCUUUAAUUCUUGAGAACUUCAUUCACAAAUGGGAUCGGAGCUACCACAUGUCUUUCUCUGAUCAGGAGUCUGAGUAUCAGAUGAGUGUGCAGGAUAUGUUCAGGGAUGAUUUGGAGGAGCCGACUGAGGAAGAAUUGCUGGAGAGGCUGAGGCAGCAUCCACACCUCCAUUUACCCAAGGGGCCCAUCUAAUCCCCGCUCUGCCGUACAAGAACCCCUCUCUGGUGGAACGCCACUGCCAUCUGGGAUUGCCACAUGGUUCUCACUCAGUGUGGGCAUUGUCUUUCAUGUACCAGCCACUGACCCCGGCUACUGGACCAAUUUAAGCCGUCUCGACUAUUAAUAACAUCCCUAACCUCUCUGCAAUGUAGCAUCUGGAUUGUAAAUGCACUCAGUUACCUUUUAACAAAUAAUUGAGACUUUUAAAAAACACUUCCAUUUUUUUUUUUUUUUCCAGUCCAUAUUUUAAUACUGACAAUACCUUGUUCUGGGAAAUGUAUUUUGGGUAAUGUCUAAUUGGUAAAGGAUAGGGUAGGGGGUGGGGAAGAAGGGGGAAGAAUGUUUGGGGUGGUCAACUUGAAUCUAUAGCACAAGGUAGAAACUUCGGAGAAUAUGUCCACCUGUGACUAAUCUAUACUUGUCACCAGUUUCGUCACAUGCAUUAGGGUCUUGGCAUGUUCUACUCUUUGACUUAUCGUCCAAAGUGAAACACUACAGCGGUGAAAUUGUUUACGAAGACUGUUAACAAAAAUACUCUGCAUCAUCCAAGAAGGUUUUUUUGGGGGGGCUAGCAAGCUAUGGACAACACUUAUGGAAACUGCAAUACUCACAAAGUAACUCACGGAUAAACUCGGUCAGAAGAGGACUAAACUAUUUUGUAUUAUGUGAAUUAAAGACCAUUAUUUUUUUAAA